CUUAUAUUUUUUUAAAAAAAAAUUAGAGUACUCUUAUGCAAUUACAUUUUGGUUCCGUGCCCACAAAGCCAUUUGUGUGCGUGGCUUCGAAGAUGCAGACAUUGAAAGGCAAAACAAAACCAUCAUAUUUACCCCCUGUGCAAGCACCAAGGGGAGAAUAACAGGACCUCUCCCCCCCUCUUGUUUUUCCCCCCUCUAAAUCCUAUCAUGUGAUUGUUGUUGUUUGCUGUUGUUAUAACGGUUUGAUUGCGUGCGGGAAUGGGCAUUGAAUGGUCCAAACAGGUCGAGCGACGAAAAGCCAUCCACGCAGAGAAGGUAUCGAUGGCGUUGCUCAAACAGGCGAAGGCUUGCAUUCAAUUCCCAGGUUCAGAUUUCCAUCCGGCUGAUCGGAAAAACUGGAUGGGAAUCCUUGGCCCGGAGAGACUUCCCGUGGAAAUGAUCGUGUGGCCCGGGACCCACGAUUCCGCGACGGACAAGAUCGGCAUCCCUCUCGUCUCUCGCCCGUUCGCCCAAUGUCAAACCCUAUCGGUCCACGAACAACUCUUAACGGGCGCCCGUGCUCUGGAUAUCCGGGUUCAGGAGGACCGAAAUGUCUGCCACGGGUUCCUGACCGGCUACCCCGUGGACAUCGUCAUUCGCGACGUGAAAAGAUUUCUGUCCGAGACGCGAUCCGAGAUCAUAAUCAUGGAUAUCCGUACGGAGUUCGGGCACCGAGACCCGCCCGGAUUUGACAAGUACCUGGAAGAAAAACUCGGGGAGCUUCUCAUCCCACAUGACAGCAACGUGUUUGGGAAGACGAUAGCAGAGGUGUUGCCGAAGAGAAUCAUUUGCUUCUGGAAGCCGCGGAAAGUGGGUCCCGCCAUUCGGCGCCCGCUGCUGUGGGGGGCAGAACAUCUGAAGGACAACUGGACAGACACAGAAUUGCCAAAGACCAAGUUUGACAACAACAUCAACCACUUGAGCCAGCAGCCGCCGGUGGGUCGCAGGAAGUUCUUUUACAGGGUGGAAAACACACUGACGCCGCAGCUGAAUAAUCCUGCGGCGUGUGUUAAACUGGUCACGGAUCGGAUCCACCCAUACGCUAGGCUGUUCAUAACCCAGUGCAUCUCCCUGGGCAUUGUGGAUAGGCUGCAGGUUUUCUCUACUGAUUUUAUUGAUGAGGAUUUCGUGGAUGCUUGUUUUGGGCUCACGAAUGCAAGGAUCCAUAGAUUGUUAUGAACUUCAAUUAACUCCCAAAACUGGU